AUGCGCCUCUUGCAACUACGCCAUGGCCUUGCUGCCGGACAUUCUCCCUUGAGACUUAAGAAUACCCGUCGCAGCUUUUCUAGCUCCCGGGUUCAUCAUGAGCUGACACCGUUCACCCGCCGGCUCUUCAAACUACCCUCAGCCCCAGCUCCACCUUCACAACACCACAAUGACCUGGCGACGUUUCUCUCCUAUGCGGAUCGUACUUCUCUCCCAGUGAAAAGUACUGUGCACGUCGGUACACACUACGAGUAUACCGUCUUGGAAACCCUACGUCGUUUUGCGCUCAGCCUUGACCGCAUCGGCGGCCGCGACGACGCCGGCAUCGACCUCGUUGGCACUUGGCACCUCCCAGAACGGGAACGAGAGCGCGCGCUCCGUGUAUUGGUGCAAUGCAAAUCUCUUAAGGCUAAAGUCGGUCCUAAUAUUGUCCGCGAGCUAGAGGGAACCUUCCGCCAGGCACCUGUCGGGUGGCGCACGAACCAGACAGUAGGUGUGCUAGUGAGCCCACGCGAGGCAACUAAAGGUGUUCGUGAUACACUGGCUCGGAGCACAUAUCCAUUAUUCUGGAUGAUGAUUGAGCGCGAUGGAACCCUGAAACAGGCGCUUUGGAACGCUCGGGCUGAAGAACUUGGAAUCGGGCCUUUAGGCGUCGAAGCGCGAUUUAAGCCCACAAAGGAAGGCGCCGAGUCAGGCGCAGUCACAAAGGAAUUUGUGCUGACCUGGGAUGGUUCUGAUAUCCCUGAUAUGGACCAGGUGGAGCACAAUCUCAAUGGCUUCAAGGAGCAAUGGGUCGCAUCCUGGGGCAUGGAUUUGACGGAAAGUCAGAAGGGCGAGCUACUUGAUACUGCAGAAAGCGUUCUCCCGAAUGAUCUCUCUGCUGAACUGGUCAAUAGAACGAUAUCGGAUGCUGACCGGACGAAAGUUCUUGAAGCCUUCAAAGAGCGACUGCAACAGCAACUGGCGUCCGAGUGA